AUGGUUACGAUUAUGAUGGAGGUGUUUUCAAAGAUUAUUCCAAUUGGUAAACAGAUAAGUUUUAAUCAACUGGUUAGUAAAAUUGCUCGUGUAAUUGGAAUAUCCGGGAAUAAUGAAUUUAUAGAGACAAUUAGUUUUAGAAAGCCUAUAAUUGUGGAUGGAUCCUUGAAAUUUGAAUGUAUGGAGAUAUGGGGUGAAAAUGAUAUAUCUAGUAUGUUUAAUUACUUAUAUCAAAUUGGUGGUAUACCUAGUAUUGAUAUAUAUGUUAAGAUACUUCGUUAUGUUGAUACUACAAAUGGGGAUGCUGAUAUUGAUCCAUCUGGAACUGCUGUGGAAUCCAAUGAUGAACCAUGUGAAGAGCAAAAUGUAGUUGAUGAUUAUGGUUUAUCUGAUAGUCUUGCAGGGCCGUCAAUUAAUUUAUCUGAUACAGAGGAUCGUGGGAGUGAGUCUCGAUAUUACAACACACAAUUUCCUAAUCCUAUUGUGCCUGUUGUUCAUCCUCCCCCAUACGCAGAAAUAGACUUCGAUUUGCUGAGCGUGGAUCCUUAUGAUAGGCUAGAAGGUCGUUCCUUUUGGGAUCCUUCUAAAGAGUUUUCAGUUGAGAUGAUAUUUUCUUCGAGAGAUGCAGUGGCUGCAAAAGAAUAUCAUCCAAGACAUCAUCAUCAAUUUUGUUAUCAUGAAACAAGAGAGAAGACUUAUUCUAUAAAGUGUAAAGACAAAGACAGUGGGUGUGUAUGGAGGUUUCGAGCAUCCAAGAAAGAAGGAGAGGAUGUAUGGAAGAUUACGAGAUACAGUGGACCACACACAUAUCGACAUGCUGGAAUUUUGAAGGCGAUGCAGAAAUAUUGGUGGCAACCUCCAGCUGGUGAUCAUCAUUACUGCAUCAGACAUGUUUUGAAUAAUUAUAAUAAGACAUUCAAAAAUGCAGCAAUAAAGGAAGCGUUGCGCAAGGCAGAGAAUGAAAAUUAG